AGUUUUGUGCUCAAAGUAAAGCUAACACCAGGGAAAGAGAGAGAGAGAGAGCGCUUUGACAAUGUACGUCAGUGUAAUAUUACUUUUCAUAGUGAUCAUUUUGUUGAUAAUCUUUGAAAAUGCUCGACGAUGGAUCCAGAAAAAUUUUCCACCAGGACCCUUUUCUUGGCCGUUUAUUGGAAAUCAAUCCCUUUUGAAACGAUUGGCUCGUAAACACGGUAGUCAACACGUGGCAUUUUGGAAGCUUGCUGAAAGAUAUAAGAGCGAUGUAAUAAUGUUGAGAUUAGGUAUGCGUAACAUCAUUGUGGUUUCUGGUGUGGUAGCCGUUCACAAAUUAUUGCGCAGCGAUGAUUUUGAUGGUCGUCCUUGGAACGAAUUUAUUAAGUUACGCAAUAUGGGUAUGAGGAAAGGUAUUACUAUGAACGACGGAACGGAAUGGAAAGACGUUAGAUCGUGGGUGGUACGAGCGCUAAAGACCGUUGGAUAUGGCAAACGAGAGAUGUCGAACCUCAUCCAGGACGAACUAGCUGUAAUUCUGGAAAAUCUAAAAAAAGGUGGUAUAUAUCGAAUGAAGACGACGAUCGCGCCCGCUGUCAUAAACGUUCUUUGGACUUUUACAACGGGAAAGCGAAUCAACGAGGAUUCGAAAUUACGAUAUUUCAACGAUCUGAUGGAACGACGUGCUCGUGCCUUCGAUAUGGCUGGAGGAAUGCUAUCUACUUUCCCUUGGAUUCGUUACAUCGCACCGGAGACAUCGGGUUACAAUCUUCUCAUGAAACUCAACAACGAAUUGAAGGAUUUUCUAACGGAGACUAUAUGCGAUCACAAGAAGAACUACGUUCCUGGUAACGAGACCAAUUUAAUCGAUAUGUUCCUUCGCGAGAUGUACGAUCAGAAAGGAUCGAAAUACAUUUUCACAGGCGAGCAGUUGUUGAUGAUAUUGUUGGAUCUAUUUCUCGCCGGCUUCAAUACCACCGCAACUGCCUUGGAUUUUCUCUUUUUACACAUGGUCGUUCAUCAAGAUGUACAACGAAAAGUAAGGGAAGAGAUAGCGACGAAGAUAGGUUUGGACGAAUUUCCAAAGUUGGAAGAUAGAUCCAAGCUCCCUUAUGUUGAGGCCGUUAUGACCGAGGUUCAACGCAUGUACGUGGUAACUCCGAUAAUAGGCCCGCGACGAGUCUUUCGAGAUACGACGUUGGAAGGUUAUUCGAUACCAGAGAAUACCACUAUCCUCGUCAAUCUAUACAGCGUCAAUAUGAAUGCAGAUCUCUAUCCGAAUCCGCACGAAUUUAAACCGGAACGUUUCUUAAAGGACGACGUUCAUCAACCCGAUAAGAACUUGGUGCUCUUUGGCAAGGGAAACAGACGAUGCCCCGGCGAGCAUCUGGCAAAAUCCGCACUUUUCCUACUUUUCGUUGGUAUUGUACAAAAAUACGCGCUACUUCCCGUACCAGGCCAAGGACCUUAUGUCGUCGAAGCAAUUCCAGGUCUAACGAUCGCACCGAAACCAUACGAGGCGAUGGUUGUACCGCAAUGACAAAUUCUUAUAUUAUGAUAACAUUGACUCUUUUUUUUUUGUU